AUGCCCACAUUCUGCUUUUCAUGCAUCCAAGCUGUAAAUUUCCAACUGCUGAGAGCAUCGACAAGCGCCGAGAUACCGGAUCAGGUUUUGGAGGCCGAGCUAUACGAUGUAAUUAAGGAUUGUAUGAUCCAUGGAUCGUGUGAGGCUGUAAACACCAAAUCACCAUGCAUGGUCAACGGAAAAUGCUCUAAAUUCUUUCACAAGAGUUACGUUGAAAACACUACGGUUGACAAAGAUGGUUAUCCAGUAUACAGGAGAAGAGAUAUAGGAGCUUUUGUUGAGAAGAAUGGUUUCAAGUGUGACAAUAGAUAUGUGGUUCCACAUAACAAGGAACUAUAUGUUCGUUAUAAAUCUCACAUAAAUGUGGAAUGGUGCAACCAAUCUGGGUCCAUAAAGUAUUUAUUCAAGUAUAUCAACAAAGGUCUGGAUCAUCUUACUGUUGCAGUUGAACCUCCAGAAAAUAGUCGGCACAGAGCAUCUACGAACAAAGAGAACGAUGAUCCUGAGAAGCCGAAGAAUGAGAUAAAAGAUUUUUUCGACUGCAGAUAUGUCUCAGCCUCCGAGGCGGUUUGGCGGAUUCUGAAGUUUUCAAUGCACUGGAGAUCAACACCCGUUGAGAAGCUAUCUUUCCAUCUCGAAGACAAACAACUCCUCUAUUUUAAAUCAGAUGAUGAUAUCAAAACCAUUUUGAAUCGCAAAUCUGCUGAGAUCUCUCAGGCGGGUUUUAGUAUCGGAAGGAUCAAUUAUGUGCCGCGCAAGAUUGAAGAGGGUUAUUAUCUGCGAGUAGUUCUUAAUAUUUUUACAGAUGAUGAUGAGGUGUGGGUUGACAGUAUCAAAAGUGCAAGUGAAUGGUGUUUCGGUGAUCAUCUUCGAAAUCUGUUUGCGGUUAUGCUUGCCAGUGAUUGCUUUACAACACCGGAGGAAGUUUGGGAAAGAACAUGGCACAUCCUAGCGGAAGACAUAGAGGAGAAGAAGAGGAUUGAAAAUGAAAAUCCAGCUCUUAUUCUGGACGAGAAACAGAAGAGGAAUUUCGUCUUCAGGAGAUUCAAAUGGUGA